AUGACAAGAAAGAAAGUAAAACUUGCUUACAUUUCGAAUGAUUCUUCGAGAAAAGCAACUUUUAAAAAAAGAAAGAAGGGUUUGAUGAAGAAAGUAAACGAACUCUCCACUCUUUGUGGUAUCACUUCAUGCGCGAUCAUCUUCAGUCCAUACGACACCACUCCUGAAGUGUGGCCAUCAAAUUCUGGUGUGCAAAAGAUAAUCUCUGAAUUUAGGACACUCCCAGAGAUGGACAAGCAAAAGAAGAUGGUAGAUCAAGAGGCUUUUCUCAAACAAAGAAUAGCAAAAGCGAUUGAGAAUUUGAGGAGACAACGGAAAGAUAAUAGGGAGCUCGAGAUGACUGAAGUCAUGUUCCAAUGUUUGAUUGGAAAUAUUGGAAUGUUUCAUCUAAAUAUUAUGGAUCUUAAUGAUUUGGGUUAUUUAAUUGAGCAAUAUCUUAAAGAUGUUAAUCGCAGGGUCGAGAUUUUGCAAAAUUUGGGUAUUGAAAUUGGCAAAUCUUCUUCUACUGUGGCAGCUACUUCUGAAGGGAGUAGACUAAUGGUGGAUUUGGUGGCAACAACCACUCCAACUGCUACAACUUAUGAGGUGGGUUCUUCUUCCUCAUAUGCGGCAGUCACGACAUUGUUAAAUCCUAUUCAACAGCAACAAAUUUUUCGUCCAACAGCUCCACAAAUUGGAGUUUAUCAGCCCCGUCAAAAUCUGAAUUUAAAUCUGAAUAAUAAUAACAAUCAAAACCAACAACAAUGGUUCAUGGAAAUGACGAAUCAUGAGCAAAUGAGGUAUCCAUCAGAACCCAUGAAGUUUUCAUUCAUGGAUGACAACCACCAUAACCACAACCACAUCCACCACCAUCAAGAAGAGAACCAACAUCAAAUCGAUGGCGAGUCGUCCACCGCUCUCGAUGCCGCCAACUCAAACAGUACAAUCCCUGUUACUUAUCCAAAUAAUACCAAUAAUCUAUGGUUUCAUUAG